AUGCUCCCUUCCCAGUCCUAUGUCAACAUUUCCUUCUUCCAGCCACCUGCUUUCCUGAUGAUUGGUAUCCCAGGGCUGGAGGCCAUUCAUGGCUGGAUCUCCAUCCCCUUCUCUGCCAUGUACACUGCGGCCCUCACUGGAAACUGCUUGAUCCUCUUGGCUGUGAGGAGGACUCCCAGCCUGCACCAGCCCAUGUACUACUUUCUGUCCAUGCUGGCCCUCACCGAUGUGGGUCUCACCUUGUCCACACUGCCCACCACCCUGGCUGUGCUCUGGUUUGACUAUAGGCUCAUCGGCUUCAAUGCCUGCCUGGUCCAGAUGUUCUUCCUCCACUCCUUCUCUGUGAUGGAGUCCUCGGUGCUCCUGGCCAUGUCAUUUGACCGCUUUGUGGCCAUCUCCAACCCCCUGCGCUAUGCAGCUAUCCUCACAAACAAUGUCAUUUUUAGGAUUGGGCUGGCCAUUGUGGCCCGUGCUACCUUGUGCCUCUUCCCUGUGCCAUUUUUGAUUAAGCGACUAAACUUCUGCCCUGGCAAUAACUUCUUGUCCCACUCAUUCUGUUUCCACGCUGAUGUGAUGAGAAAAGCGUGUGCUGACAUAAUCAUCAAUAUACACUAUGGGCUCUAUGUGGUUGUGUCCACUGGAGGUAUAGACUCUCUGCUCAUUGUCUUGUCCUACACUCUCAUCCUGUACAUAGUCAUGGGGCUGGCUUCUCCCCGGGAGUGCACCCGGGCCCUCAAUACCUGUGUCUCCCACAUCCUAGCUGUCUUUGUCUUCUUUAUUCCAGGUAUCACUAUGUCCAUGAUCCAUCGUUUUGGCAGGCACCUGCCUCACAUUGUACGUGCUCUUGUUGCCUACGUGUACCUAAUGGUGCCACCUGUGCUCAACCCCAUCAUCUACAGUGUCAAAUCCAAGCCCAUCAGGGAGGCCAUGCUCAGGAUACUGAGGGUGAAAGGCCAAGGAUGA